UAUAUCGCCGCUAUUUCACAAGGCACAUAGCUAAGCAAGCACAUCAAACACGGAAAUAAGCCGCGGAUUUCAACAAAUUUAACGCGCAAUAUAAUUUCUGACUGUUGCUUCUUGGCAAAAAUGGACAGGUCAGGGCAUUUAUCACAAACGCACAUGAUUGGACGAAUCCACUCAGUGUACUGCAAAGAUUUCGUAUCUUAUAACGAAAUUACGUAUUUCCCCAAAGAGUAUCUAAAUGUAUUGACUGGGCCAAACGGAACAGGAAAGUCUACAAUUGUAUCUGCUAUCAUAUUGGGAUUAGGCGGCGAUCCCCAGUUGUUGGAUCGUUCAUCUAGCAUUGCCGAUUACAUCAAAAGCAAUAAGAGCUCGGCAAUUAUUACUAUAACCAUUAAUGGGCGCUCAAAGAACUCCAAAGAAUCUUUUAAGCGAACAAUAAACCAAAAUGGACAAUCUCAUUUUUAUGUCAAUUCCAAGGAAUUGUCGAAGACAAAGUUUUUAGACAUCGUCGCCUCAUUCAACAUACAAGUUAGUAAUUUAUGUCAGUUUCUACCUCAGGAUCGUGUCCAGGAUUUUUCCAAAAUGAAUCCUCAAGAACUUUUAGUCAAUACUAUGUCAUCUGUCUGUGACGAUGAGUUUAUAAAGAAUUUCAACGAUCUAAAGGAAAUGAAACUGAAGCUAUUAAACGCCCACGCCGACCGUGAGAAAGAUAAAGAAAAUCUUCAGAAAGAGCAAAAGCGAUUAGAGCAGUUACAAGUUACAGUUGAUCAGUAUCAAGAACGUCAGGAAAUAUUGCAAAAGGUAAAUGUUCAUAAGGCGAAAAAAUUAUGGAGUGAAAUCACUGUAGCUAAUUCAAGAAUCGACGAGCUGAAAAGUAGUUUGAAUAAAGCAAAUAAGGAAUGUCAAACUCGCAAAAAGACAUAUGAGUUGCAAAAAAGAGCACAGCAAGAAAUUACACAAAAGAGUUUUGAUCUCAGGCAGAAGAAAGAGGAACAAAUUAAACUUAUAAGUCAUGCCAAUAAUGCAAAAAAUAAGUUGGACUCUCUGUUGGAGGCUGUAAAACAUAAAGUGAAUGAAAGAAACUUCGAAUUAAAGAGACAUAUCGAGCAAGCAAAUAAAAACAAAAUGGAAGCUGAUAAUCUGAAGCAAGCUGCAGAAGGUAAAAAUCAAGAAUUGCAGCAAUUUUAUAAGUACAAAUCGGAUUUAGUAAAUGAGCUCGAGGAACAUGGAAAAAUAAUAAAUCAAACUCGCGAGACGACCAUGAGGCAGUACAAUAGACGCAGAGAAAUUGAAGCCAAACUUAAUGAUGAGAAAAUUCCUGAGGUGACAGCCCUAAAGCAUAAGAUUGAGAGAUUGCAAAAUAUAAAAACACAAAAAAUUGAAGAAUUGCGCAACCAAAAUCCAAAUUUAAUCAAAGCCAUGAGUUGGGUUGCUGAAAAUAAGCACAAAUAUAAGUCCAAUAUUUACGAUCCAAUGAUAUUUGAAUUAAAUAUUAAAAGCCCUGAUGCGGCUAUGUGUUUGGAGAACCUUAUUCGACAGCGUGAUUUAUUUGCAUUCGCUUGUGAAGACAAAAAUGAUAUGUCUGAUCUGAUUAAUGAAUUAUGUGUGAAGCAGAAGUUAUCCGUUAAUAUCAUUUAUUGUGCUCCAGGAAACAGAUGCUUGUAUACCUCGACAGUACCUCUAUCUGAAAUUACAUCUAUUGGAUUCACAUCGUACCUGGUGGAUCUAGUCUCUGGACCAAUGCCUAUUAUAAACAAACUGUGUGGUACUUAUCAAAUUCACAAUAUUCCCAUUGGAACUGAAGAAGUCAGUAAUAAUACUUCAAUAAUUCCUAAGUCAAUCCGUGUAUUCUUCGGUGGUACUAAAAAGUUUUUAGUGACAGCAUCUCGGUACCGAUCAGACUUAAUAUUAACCGAGAGUACGAUUCAAAGGAAAAAUCAACUUAUUACUCUUGACUCAAAACAAUUGGCAGCGCUUCAAGAUCGGUACAACAAUUCAAUAUCUGAAAGAAAUCAACUUAGAAAUAAAUUAGUAGAAGUCGAUAAUGAAUUUGAACGCUUACAAGCGACAACGAAGGAAGAGGUAGAAAAAAAACGAAAAAUUGAACAAAAAUUGAAUUAUUUCGAAAAUUUGGAAAAUGAAGUUAAAAAACUAAAUGAUAAAAUAUUAAACAUCAAUAGAUCAUUCAAUUCAUUGGAUGACGUAGAAAAAACUUUUCAAAAAAAUGUUCUGUCAGAUUUUAAGCAGUUAUUUGAAAUUGAACAAAACUUACUUAAAAUUCUUGAGACUUGUGAGAAGAAUAUAGCCCUAAAGAAAGUUUUUCAACUAAUGGAAAGCGUUCAUAUAAGGCAACAUGAAUCUCAAAUGAAUACUCUCAAUGAAAGUGAAGAAAACUAUAAGGGCGCUUGUGGAAAUGUCGAGAAAAUAACUAAAUCUCUGGAAACCCACACGGAAAGUAUUCAAUCGAAAACUGAGGAGCUGCAAAGUUUAUGUAAUGGCAAACUUCCAUCAAGCAAGGAUUUUCCAUUCAAAUCUGAAUUCCGAGAUUUAUCAAAACUUCACAUUGAACAAAUCCAUGAAGCUAUUGUCGAAUUCCAGGCAAGAUUGGAGUGUAUGGCAAAUGUGAAUCCACAGGCUAUCGCAGACUUUCAACAGCGUCAGGAACAGGUGAAACUGUUAAAGCAAAUUAUCGAUCAAAAAACCAAUCAAGAGAAAAACGUUGAUGGUCAAAUUACUGCAUUAUUCAAUAAUUGGGAGCCAAAACUUAACAAUUUAAUAGAAACCAUAAGCGCUAAGUUUAGUGAAUUUAUGGAAUCUAUGUCAUACAUAGGGGAAGUGGUCUUGUCCAGAAAUGAUAAACAUGAUUUUAAAUCAUAUGGUAUACAAAUUAUGGUUCAAUAUAGAAAAGAGGGAAAAUUACAAACUCUCGACAAAUAUAUUCAAUCCGGUGGAGAACGUGCUGUAGCUAUUGCAAUCUAUUCUAUGUCUUUACAGCACGUUACAAGUGUACCAUUCAGAUGCGUUGAUGAAAUUAAUCAAGGCAUGGACGCCACUAACGAACGUAACAUUUUUGAGUUGUUAUUAAGAGAAGCCACUAAAGAGGGAUCUGCUCAAUAUCUAUUUGUAACUCCUAAGUUGCUUCCCGAUCUAAACUACAAUGACCAUUUAUGCGUUUCCGUGGUUUAUAAUUCAGCAUCUAUGAAACCGGGUGCCAAUUUUCCACGGUGUUGAAUCUCUACUCAAUGUUUUCUAUUAUUAAAUGUAUCUAUAUAUUGGUAAGUGGUUACUAACUACCAAAUAAAACGCUGUGCGGUUGAAAUUAAAACGCAUCCGAUCCGAUGAAAAAAAA